UUGCGAUAAUCUCGCAUUUCUCCACAGUCAGCAUCGCAGACAUUGACUGCGAUUAAAUUUUGCCUUUUUCUCAGAUUUCUUCCUCCGAAAACUUCUACACGAACAGCUCGUGCAGCGCGACCGUCUUGAAUGGACCCCGAAAUUCCGCGAUUAAAUGCUGUAGCGAAGGAAAAGGCGCGACGCCAGAACAGGGAUGGAAUCAAGGACACACGUUACUGAAAAAGUCGGCACGAUUAGUCGGUGCACUCGUGCACGUCUCCGCGACUACCUCAGAAGAGCUUGCUAAGCAAUCGUAAUGGUUUCUGUGACAGUGACGGUGUCACAAUGGCAUGCUUGUGUCCUGUAGCGGUGCUGUCGAUGCUCUUCCUGGCGCACGGUCUGUCCAUGGUGCCUUUCUGCUACGUGGUGUCCACCCAUUUCAAGGACAGCUCCUUCGGCUUCUCCAUCAUGGUCAUCUUCAUCUUUUUCACCGGGCUGGUGGGCGCCCUGGAGGCGGUCAUCGUCCACUUCACGCUGACCGUGGCCGAGGCGCGGCUGCUGUCGCUGGUGCCGCGGGCGCUGGACAUCCUGUUCCGCGGCGUGCCCACGUUCACGCUCACGCGCGGAAUCGCGCAGCUGCUGCGAUUGCGGCGCGAGAACGACAUCUGCGAGGCCGGCGAGGAGCAGCUCGCCAUCGCCUGUCGGACCGUCGACCUCAGCCACACCGUCUCGCUCAAGCACUGCUGCAACGCGCUGCCAACGCGCAACGCCAGCAGCGCGAACAUCGUCGACGGUGGCCGCCGCACGAUGAUCCAGCCGUACGACCUGUCGUGCGCCGUGAUGAUCGAGGUGUACGUGAUGCUGGUCGAGGCUGUCGUGCUCCUCGCCUUCGUCGCCUUCAUGGACGCCGCGCCGUACCACAGGCUGCGCAGGAAGGUGCUCGCGCGGUUUCGUAGGCGCGAAGACCCCGCUUUGUCGCCGAACCACGACGAAGGCCCACGCCUGGCCACGUCGCCGCUCGACUCCGACGUCGCCCACGAGUCCGCGGUGGUCGAGAAGCUCGCGUCGGAGCCCAAGUCGCCCGAGUACGCCCUCGUAGUGCGCAAGCUCACCAAGUCGUUCGGGCCGUGCCGUGGCGUCAACAACGUCAGUUUUGCGCUCAAGCGCGGCCAGUGCCUGGGCAUCAUCGGCGUGACCGGGUCUGGCAAGACGAAGCUGAUGCAGCUGUUGACCGCCACGUCCGAGUGCUCGUCGGGCGACGUCUACAUCGGCUCGUGGUCGCUGCUGCGCACGCCCAGGGAGUACGCCUCCAACAUCGGCUACUGCCCCGAAGCGCUCGGCCUGCCCGAACACCUCACCGGCCGUGAGGUCAUCGAGCUCAUCUGCGUCCUGCGCGGCUUCCGGCUGGACGACACGGCGGCGAUGGCCAAUAACCUCCUGCGCGUCAUGGAGCUCCCCAAGGUGGCCAACGUGAUCGUGAAGCAUUACACUCCCGGCGACAAGCGGAAGCUCUGCAUCGCGAUCGCCCUGGCGGGACUGCCGAGCGUCAUCCUUCUCGACGAGCCGAGCACGGGUGUCGACGUCGCAGCCCAGGCGCAGAUCCGGCGCAGCCUGAGCAUCAUCCGCGAGUCGACCGACUGCGCCAUCCUGCUCACCUCCAACAGCAUGCAGCAGUGUGAGGUUCUGUGCGACCGCAUCGGGAUCCUGCUCGCGGGCCAGCUGGAGUGCAUCGGCACGGUGGACGAGCUGAAGAGCAAGUUCGGCCGGGGCUACACGAUCAUCAUCCGGCUGCGGCAGGAGAGCGCCGACGACUCCGACUACCACGAGGACCUCACCAACGACAUGAAGGGACAGUUCCACGGCUGCCAUCUGGAACACUGCUGCCAGCCUGCGAGGAGCCUGAAUCCUGUACAGUUGACCUUGGAGCAAAAGACUGUUCUUAGUGCUGUCUUGGCUGGCCGCAGUGUGUUCUUCACUGGUGGGGCAGGCACGGGAAAGUCGUAUCUUUUGAGGCACAUCCUGUCAUCACUACCCCCACAAGAUGCAUUUGCCACGGCUACAACUGGCAUCGCAGCUGCUCAGAUUGGUGGCACUACGCUGCAUUCGUUUGCUGGUGUUGGAACAGGCACGGCCACGGUGGAAGUGAUGAUGCAACGAGCAAUGCGACCACCGUGGGUGAACCAGUGGCGCCGUUGCAAGGUGCUGGUGGUUGACGAGGUGUCCAUGUUGGACGGACGCUUCUUCCACAAGCUCGAGCGGGUGGCCAGGCUGGUGCGGCGCAGCGACCGUCCCUUUGGUGGCAUCCAGCUGGUCCUCUGUGGCGACUUCCUGCAGCUCCCACCAGUCUCUCGGAAGGAGGAGCCGGCACCGGUCUUUUGUUUUCAGACAUCCGCUUGGCGCCAAUGCAUCCACAUCACUCUGGAGCUGAAGCAGGUGCACAGGCAGAAUGAUCCCAGGUUUAUCUCCUUGCUGCAGCAAGUGAGGGUAGGCUCCUGCCCUGACUGGGUUGAGGAAGUGCUCAAGAAGACAGCCAGCCGCUCUCUUGAAACAGGUGACAUAGUGGCUACUCGGCUGAGCACGCACACAGAUGAUGUGGACUUCAUGAAUCAAAGGUGCUUUGACCAGCUGCCGAGCUCGCCACGCAUAUUCAAAGCCAUUGACUCUGAAGGCUCAUCAGCAGACUUGCUUGAAGCCUGUGCACCUUCCACUCUAAGCCUCAAAGUGGGCACACAGGUCAUGCUGACCAAGAACACUCAAGUGAGAGCUGGCCUUGCAAAUGGCUCACGUGGGGUCGUCGUGGGAUUUGACUCGGCGUCCGGAGACCCCAUUGUCCAGUUUGUGAACUCGUGCAAGCAAACCAUCACUAAAGAGCGCUGGGCCAUCCGGACAGGCCCCGAGGGUAGGUGCCAUGUGCGACGGCAGCUCCCACUGCGCCAUGCUUGGGCCAUGUCCAUUCAUAAGUCUCAGGGCCUGACGCUUGACUUUGCUGAGUUGACAUUGGGUCGUGUCUUUGAAGCAGGUCAAGCUUAUGUUGCUCUCUCAAGGGUGGCCACACUGGAAGGGUUGAGGGUUCUAGACUUCAGGAAGGAUUGUGUCCGGGCUGACCCUCGCGUGCUUUCCUUCUACCGAGACCUUGGUGCGUGUUGAUGUUUUUAAAAAGCUUACGGGUUAAAAGUGAUGUGGGCUAGAUAUUGGAAAUAAGUGUUAUUGAUUCCUGUGCUACGAAAUUUGUUGUCUUCACUGGAGGACUUUGUGAUGAAAGUAGGAAAUACAUAAUAGUUUUCAUUAUACAGUGAAACCUCGCUAAAGCGUAGUUGGCCGGAGUUCGGAAAAAGUGUGUACUAAACGGUGGUACUGUUUAACUGAAAUAGCAUGAGAUCGCCCACCUACCUGUCAAAAACGGAACUCCGGGAGAGUGCGACGAAAGGGCAAAAACGUGCAGUAUUUAUUCACUUUGUGCAAAAAAAGUAUUUUCGUUUGAUGCCGCGGCGGCCUAACAGCGACGACAGUGACCUCAAACUUACUGAAGCUGUGAGCCAGCUUUUCAGCCAGAACCCUCUCCUUGGCAAACACUCGCAUGGCAGAUUCCUCGUUGGCAUUGCAUAUUAUCCGUGCAAGGGUGUGGUAGCGCUACAGAAGUCGCGGGGUGCUGUUCUCGUUGCGACGAUUGCAUUCAUGAGGCUUACGUAACGCGCAGCUUCUGCCACUGUCGGGCCUGAAUUGCCCAUGCUGUCACUUUCUGUGUCGUCCUCAUCACUGUUGUUAGGCAACACUUCGGCAGCAACAGAGGCAACGAUGGCGAACGCUCAAACCUUGUAGCAGACAUUUUUUUGCGGUCGCAGCAGCAGUAACGCUGAGCUUAGUGUCACGUCGCGUGCCAGCGCCGACUUCUUCGUGUCACGUUCGGUAGCAUGAACAAUGUCGAAUUUUUCUUCUGUGCUCAGCACCCGGCGUUUUUUGCUUCGGCAGCACGUGAGUCGUAGCUUGCACAAUGCCACAAAGCUCUCUGGCAUGGUGUCGAAAUGAUGUUGAUGUGGCUUCAUGUGCAAACGCACAGGGCACAUUGAGAACAGGGCGCUUGGAGGCCGUUCUGAUCUCUAAGGCUUGUUGUUCUGCCAGGCCGCCCAAUAGGGACGACGCUUAGAGCCAGUAUAGUAACUCUAUGGGACGACGCACCACCGUGAUUGCGCGACGAAAAGUGGAAACACUACAUGUUAACCGAUACGUACACAAUAAGCUGGCAUGGUUUAUGCUGAUAGAAAACGCGUUAUGUUCAAUGGCUGCCAAGCCAUGGAUUUGACUUUACUACUUUUAAAACGAAACUACUGUUUAAGUGGGUACAGUUUAACGAGGCUUUACUGUAGUGUAUUGUACAUGUUAUGCACAUGUGCCAGACAUGCUAUAUCUUAGUCAUUGCCCAUUUGUUGGCCUUCUGUGUCUCACCAUUCUUCAUCAUCAGUCAUCAUAAAGAAUUGAUCCGAAUCCUAGCUAAACAUGCAGUCUGCAGCUAAAGGGAGCAGCAACUGUAAGUCAUAUUUCUUGCAGCCGUUCACACUGGUAAACAUAGGAAGGUUCCACAUUUGGCUAGGCCAUCUCAUUUUUUGUAUAACUCGCUUCAGUCUAAAAAAGCAACAAUGUAUUUAGCUUGCUGUAGUAGUAGUCCAUUUCAUUUCUACUGUGCUUGUGUCACUGUACCAGAUCUUAUCUAACUUGUGUUCUUUGUUCAUGCGUUUACAUUAUUUAUUAUUAUUUAUGAACAAAUAAGAACAAAUUGUGAAUUUGCCUUGCUCCAGCAUCUUUCCAUUUCACUCAGAAUGAAAUUACUAUUUUUGAUCUCUGAAUGUUGCAUAGAUAGGUGAGGGUAGAUAUUGUCCUGACCUGCAGCUUCGAAACAGCCAAGCCUGCAUGGUGUUUGCAUGCAAGUUGUAAGAGACAUCCUCAUGACCAGACUGUGUGAUGUUGCAGAUUAAACCAGUUUGGCCGCAGCCAAAAAUGCCGGAGUCGUCACAAUGGUUAGAUUGUAAAAGUACAUUUGGCUGUUCUCUUACUAAAUUAUUUGCUUUUAAUUUUGAAAAGCUGUUCCAAAGCAGCUGUUGAUGAAACAGUUAUGACCCACGUGUGUUCCCUUUUUGACUCAGUUGUGUUCAUAUUUGUGUGUAAACUGAAAGCCUUCCAGUUGGCAUAAGGUUGCUUUAAUCUGCAUGACAUAAUCUAGAAAAGUGGACAUGAAAAGUAUACUAAAAGUAUACUCUGCAUUCGGGAGACAUGAUCAUGAGCUCUGUGGUUUUUGUUGUUGUUAUUGUAGUGUAAAAAAUGGGUGUUAAUUUUUGUCAUGAGAAUUGUACAUUUAUUAAACUCUUUUAUAACUUUUUAUGUGAUGUGAGCUCUCUGUGAUGGUGAACAAUAUGAAAAAAUGGCUGUGCAAAUGUGGCCAUGCAUGUGACCUUGUAUUGUUGGGUAUUUAUAGCAGAAAAAAGUGCAUCGGGUGGGUGCAUCGUGCAGCCAUGCCCAUUUCAGUUUUCCAAUGAUCUGUUUUUAAAAAAUUAAUUUUGUACUGUCAUGAUGACGACGAGUUCCUUAACUUAUGCCGUUUUUGUGAUUUUAGCUGAAGGGUGCUGACUAAGGUUUCCCUAUUGUGUGAUUUUAGGCAGCUAGUUUCAUUCUGAGCGGAUUGUUUCGAAAUAAAAAUGUGCUACAGUGUAA